CAACGUGUUUCCGGCCUUAACACCGGGAACAGGGAGCAGAGAGAAACCGUUAGUUGCAUCAAAUAACGGCAGAAACACCGAUGAUUUAGUUCGUUAAUCAGAGAUGGACCGACACCGGAAACAGCUGGAGGUGGCUUUUAAACCGGAAACGAAGCCGCGAGGUGAAGUUUUACCUUCAGAUGUCCGGAAAGUGAUCGUCGGCGAAGAGGAGCAGCAGGAGUGGAGCUCCAGUGUGGACCAGGAGGACCCAGAGCCCCCACACAUUAAAGAGGAAGAGGAGGAACUCUGGAGCAGUCAGGAGGGAGAGCAGCUUCAAGGGCUGGAGGAGGCUGAUAUCACCAAGUUCCCAUUCACUCCUGUCCCUGUGAAGAGUGAAGAUGAUGAAGAGAAACCUCAGUCCUCACAGCUUCAUCAGUCACAAGCUGAUGGAGACCACUGUGGAGGACCAGGACCAGACAGAAAUUCAGAUCCGAACAGAUAUUUAGGACCGGUCAGUGAAGACGAGUCUCUGGACUCGUGUGAGACUGAAAUCAGUGACGGGAACUGGGAGGAGAACAGAGAAACUCCAUCAGAUUUCACCACUCUGACAACUGAUGAUGUCAUCGUCGGCGAUAUUAACUGCGACUCUGUGGAACGAUCGUUCAGCUGCUCCGAGUGUGGUCAGAGAUUCGGCCGGAAGCCGCACCUGAACGCACACAUGAGGAUUCACACAGGAGAGAAACCAUUCAGCUGCUCUUUCUGUGGGAAAAGAUUUUCUCAGAAGGGAAACUCGAUCAGUCACAUGAGACUUCACACAGGAGAGAAACCGUUCAGCUGCUCCGUCUGUAACAAGACGUUUAGAUACAGUGGAGACGUUAGCCGACACAUGAGGAUCCACACGGGAAAGAAAUCGUCCAGCACCAGUGACAUCAUCAGCAGGAACGUUCACACGACAUCCGAUCACAACAAUCGACCUUCAGAAGCUGAGGGCAACAUCAGCGCUGAGCCUCAGUGUGAUGAUGUCACCAUGAGCGAGGAGAGCCGUCAUGCUGACAAAGAGUCGUUCAGUUGCUCAGAGUGCGGGAGAACGUUCUGCCGCAGGGACCAUCUGAUGAGCCACAUGAGGACUCACACAGGAGAGAAACCCUUCAGCUGCUCGGUCUGUCAAAAACGUUUCAGCUGCAGUGGGAACAUUUUGGCACACAUGAGGAUACACACAGAGGUCCAGCAGCAGCUGUUGGUGGUUAAAGAAGAGGUUCCCCCUGAGCAGCAGGAGUGGAGCUCCAGUGUGGACCAGGAGGACCCAGAGCCCCCACACAUUAAAGAGGAAGAGGAGGAACUGUGGAGCAGUCAGGAGGGAGAGCAGCUUCAAGGGCUGGAGGAGGCUGAUAUCACCAAGUUCACAUUCACUCCUGUCCCUGUGAAGAGUGAAGAUGAUGAAGAGACACCUCAGUCUGAUGAACACCACUGUGGAGGACCAGGACCAGGACCAGACUUUGAACCAGAUACUGAGAACGAGAAGCCUGACAAUUCUUUAGUCGCUGAGAUUGAAGUCAGUGUUGAAGACUGGAAGGAGAUCAGAGAACCUCAGUCAGGUUUAAACUGUGUCAGCAAUUCAAGACGUAAAGCUGAAGAGAAACCAUUUAGCUGCUCAGAGUGUGGGAAAGGAUUUAGUAUCAAGUGGCAUCUGAAGAGACAUAUGACGAUUCACACACGAGAAAAAAUGUUCAGCUGCUCCGGGUGCGGUAAGGCUUUUAGCGAGCGGUCAAAACUGAAGCUCCACCUUAUCACUCACACAGGAAAGAAACCAUUUGGUUGCUCAGUUUGCGGUAAAACAUUCAGUGAGAGUGGGAACCUGAUGGUCCACAUGGGAACUCACACGGGAAAGAAAACGUUCAAAUGCGCCGUCUGUGAAAAAAGAUUUCUUUGCAAGGCAUAUCUGUUGCGACACGUGACAGUUCACACGGGGGAGAAACCCUUCAGCUGCUCAGUGUGUGCUAAAAAUUUUUUGUGCAGGUCACACCUGAAGAGACACAUGACGGUUCACACAGGAGAAAAACCGUUUAGUUGCUCCGUGUGCGGUAAGGCAUUUAGCGAAAGAGGGAAACUGACGCUCCACAUGAAAACCCACACAGGAGACGAACCGUUCAGGUGCUUGGUGUGCGACAAAAAAUUUUUGUGCAAGGCAUAUCUGGAAAGACAUAUGAGAACUCACACAGGAGAGAAACCGUUUGGCUGCUCCGUUUGCGGGAAAGCGUUUAGUCAAAGUGGACAACUGAAGGUCCACGUUAAGACUCAUACUAGCGAGGAGCCGUUCAGCUGCUCGACAUGCGGUAAAAAAUUUUUGUUCAAGGCUUAUCUGAUACGACACAUGACCAUGCAUACUGGAGAGAAACCAUUCAGCUGCUCACUGUGCGGGAAAUCAUUUAGCGAGAAGGGGAAUUUAAAGAGUCACAUGAGAACCCACACCGGAGAGAAACCAUUCAGCUGCUCUGUCUGUAAGAAAUCUUUUACUCAGAGUGGGAGUUUGUACACACACAUGAAAACUCACACAGGAGAGGCCAGCUUCAGCUGCAGUGUCUGUGAUAAAAGCUUCAGUUCGGAGAAACUUCUCAGAGACCAUAAAUGUGUUGGACACCAGGCGUCAGUCGAAGACUGUGGAGGACCAGAACCAACCAGGAACUCAGAUCCAAAUAUAGAACCAGAUACUGAGGACAAGAAGCCUGAUGGGUCUUUGGUCGCUGAGAUUGAAGUCAGUGUUGAUGACUGGAAGGAGACCAGAGAACCUCAGUCAGGUUUAACCUUCUGAGACCCUGCAUCCUCUUACAAGGACGUCACAUUUUGGGUUUAGUGGACCUUAGACUUGAUUCCGCGUAACUCAGACCUGUUGUCCUCGUUCGUGGAUAUUUUUUUGUGCCAUCUAGUGGCAGUAAGACCACAGUACAUUGGGACUUAAUCAUCAUCUCAUUUGAUGACAUUUGGUCUUUUUUAUUGUCUCGUUUGAGGACGUUGGUGAUUGUUACAAGUAGGGCUGCACGAUAUUGGAAUAAACUCACACUGCCAUUUUUUUUUUUGCAAUAUAUAUUGCUAUAUUUAAAAAAAACAAGAAUUUUCUCCAGAUGACAUAAAGUAAUGACAUUAACAAAUAGUGGCUUUUACUCAUCACAACUGCAGAAGCUCCCAGCUUCAUUUGAAACAGACUACAUUAUAGACGGUCCGUUAUUCAUUCAUCCCUCUGUGUGUUUAUAUAUUUACUUUUUAUCCGCUCCCGUUGCCUUGAUAAAGUUAAUGCAUUGUGCCAUCAUUUCAAACUCAAUACUUCCUGAAUAUGUUUCAAAUUAAGAGCCCCUUAUAACCUUGGCUGAGAGAAUCCCUCCAUUUUCUAAAUAGGCUUUUAUUGUGAAACAUUUGUAGGAACUCGUUGUGGAGGAUACAGUGACGUGUGUUAGCUUACGGUACUUCAAAUGUAGCUCCUGCCAUUUGCUGGCGCUUUUUAGGUGACUACAACAACAUUUCGGCUGACACAUGAACAGACACAAUGACUGAAAUUUUCACCUGCAUUCCCACCAAAGACGCAGUUGAGAUAGUGAGGAAAUGUCUGCUACAAGACAGCUCCCUUCCAGUCAGGACCAACUUCACCCCAGACCACUUCUGUGACCUGCUGGACCUUUGUUUGACCACUACCUACUUCAAGUACAGUGAGGGUUUCUACCGACAAAAGUACGGCUGUUCUAUGGGCUCACUGGUGUCCCCUAUAGUAGCCAAUCUUUACAUAGAAGAUGUGGAGAAGAGAACGCUGACCACCUUUACAGGAACUGCUCCUAGCCACUGGUUCAGGUAUGUGGACGACACCUGGGUUAAAACUGAGGAAGUGGAAACCUUCACAGAACAUUAACGCAGAGGACACCAACAUUAAAUUCACACAGGAGGGUGUCAGAGGAGACAGUCUACCCUUCUUAGACUGUGCAGUACAUAUUGAAGAGGACAGGAACCUAAACAUAGAGGUGUACAGAAAACCUACACGCACGGACCAAUACCUGCUGUUUGCCUCUCACCACCCACUGGAGCACAAGUUGGGAGUUAUCAGGACCCUGAAUCAUCGGGCUGAAAAUGUGUCCACUAGGACAGAGGGGAAGGUUAAGGAACAGUAACACAUCAGGGAAGCACUUCAAACCUGUGGCUAUCCCAAAUGGGCCUUUGCAAAAACCUCAAAAAGAACCAGAGCAGACAGAGAGGAAGAGACACAAAAACGUAACAGCAUUGUCAUUCCUUAUGUCGCAGGAGUGUCUGAGAAACUCAGGAGUUUCAACAAACACCACAUCCCUGUGCACUUUAAACCCAGCAACACACUGAGACAGAAACUUGUCCACCCUGAGGACAAAACACCCAGACAUAAGCAGAGUAAUGUAGUGUGAGCAGUUCAGUGCAGCCAGGAAUGCACAGAUUUAUACAUUGGGGAGACAAAACAACCGCUCCACAAACACAUGGCACAGCACAGGAGAGCCAGCUCCUCAGGUCAAGACUUGGCUGUCCACUUACAUCUACAGAAGAAGGGACACUCCUUUGAGGACAGCAAUGUGCACAUCUUGGCCAGGGAGGAAAGAUGGUUUGAAAGAGGAGUAAAAGAAGCCAUCUACGUCAAGCUGGAACGACCAUCGUCACACAGAGGGUGGCUUACGACACUACUUAUCAUCCACCUACAAUGCAGUCCUGGGAUCCCUCCCCAGACGACUUCACCCCUGGUCCCACCUGACCCUAACGACUCACAUGGUGGCCAGGUGGGUCAACGACUCACAUUGUGACCUUAACGACUCUUAAACUAAGAGCUCACGUGACCCCUAUGACUCUGCAAGGGUUCCCACCCACACAGGGUUUUAGCCUGCAACUUCGUACCAGUCAUUUAGAACUGAAGAAGCUUCUUGGAUGAGAGACGAAACGUCUUAAAGAAACGCAAGCAAGUCCAGUUGCCUACGAUACAGGGCUUACGAGUACCAUGACCUGGAUGACUGAGAAUCCUCACCGACAAUAGUAAAAGUAAUAAAAAUAGGACAAGAAUAACCUGAUGACAUCACACACGUCGUGAAAGACGACCGGGGAUAAUUGGUGUGUACCAUCGUGUAGUGUGUCAUGUCUGUCGGUAAAGUCACGGCACGAUUUUAUGACCCCACAAUCAUGUAAUGUGACAUAGUGACUUUCAGAACGGGCAGAAAAGUUGUGUACCAGGCAUAAAUCCUCUUUUACCAUUUCUCCCUCUUGCAUGUCGCUCAUUUUCAGUGUGUGACUGCAGCGUGUGCAUGAGGGGGAGGGGCUGCUAAGUUCUCAGAGAGGCGAGCGGAGUGGAGCAAAGAGCUUUCUUCAGAGCUGCUUUUCUGAAGCAAAACAAAAGUUGACAUGUUCUAAAAAAAAAGAGAGAAAACAUCACAUGUCCUGCAAUGUGACUACUGCACAUGCACACAUUGCGAUGUUCAAACGAUAUGUCGUGCAGCCUUAGUUACCCAGACAUCCAUCCAUUUUCAUCUGCCUAUCGGAAGCUGGGUCUUUGGGGCAUCAGGCAAAUAUUCCAGUAGCUAAUGUUGGCUUACAAGCAGCCUUGUUGUUAAAUGGGGUAAGUGGUUAGCUAGCUAGCCAUAUCAUAUAACAUAUCCACUGGGAAUCAUUGUUUACAAGUGUGAACUUGUUGUUGUGACAUGACAAGAAAAGCGAUGACAUGGAGUGCGUGAAGUUCAGAGCGUUCCGGCAAAAACACCAGGCGCUUAGAGCGCAGAAAUGUGGGGCACGCUGCCACACAAAUACCACAAGCAAAAAGCUGCAUUAUAAUUAAAAACUAGGGCUGCUCGAUUAUGGAAAACAUCAUAAUCACGAUUAUUUUGGUCAAAAUUGAAAUCACGAUUAUGCAAACGAUUAUGUUUUGACUUUGAAAACAUGCUGGAAUUUAUUAUUUAUUGCCCAAAAACUUUGUGACAGAGGACAUUUUGAUGUACAAGGAGUUUCUCAAAUGCCUGUUAUAGUAAACAUAGUUAAGUCAAUUAAUCAAUCAAUUUUAUUUAUAAAGCCCAUUAUCACAAAUCACAAUUUGCCUCACAGGGCUUUACAGCAUAGUAGUUAAGUCUACUUAGAAAUGUGCGCGAACACAAAAUAAAGGCCUAUGGUCUCGUGCAAAUAGUACAACAAAUUCGCUCAUUUCGCUCAGUGCACUGUCACAACAUUUGAAAGUUCCCCUGAUAACUUUCAAAAUGCCUUUAAAGGAUUCCAGACAGUAUUUACCGACCAGAAUUCAACAUACCAUCGCCGCCAUCUUGGAAAGCCCAUACAAGUCGAUUGACAAACUCGAACAAGAUUGGAUGAGAGUUAGUGCGAGCGACAGGUGAGCGACGACGGACGGACGGAUCAUCACAGACAGACAAAGUGGUUUGUGUGUGCUUAUCCCAGCUGUGGGAAGAAGAUGAAAAAGUACAACCUGAAGGCUAAUGUUUUUUUCCUACUAUGGCGAAGGGAUGGCUCACCCUACUCUCCCUCUGAUUGGCUAGUAGUCAUUGCCUUCUUUGGCUGGAUUGGUUAGGUUAGGCAUGAGGAAUGAGAUUGGUUAGGGUUAGGUUAAGAAUGUCAGGGUAAGUCAAUCAGAGGCAGAGUAAGGCCGGGUAGGGCAGGUCGUCGCCACACUAGGAAAACGACUCGCAACCCGGAGACCUUCCACAGACUUCAGAUCACGUUAUGUCACCCUCGUCAUUCGACUUGUGUUGACUUUCCAAGAUGGCGGUGGCAGGCAGUUCAGUCUAGGUUGGUAAAACAGUCGUAAAAAAUCUUUUUAAAUAAACUCUGAUAACCUCAGAAGUUCUGGAUGCUUUUGGUUGGAUGUUAGGGCCUGUCGCAGUCGACCACCGAAGUGUGGGAGUUAUAACUGGCAUUAGAAGAUGGGCUGACCCAGGCCUGAUUUCAAUUAACCAAUUAAUGGAGGGUGAUCAAUUGAAAUCAUUUGCACAGCUGCAGCAAAGGUUUGGGUUGCCUGCGAAAGACCUCUUUCGUUACUUUCAAAUAAGGCAUGAUCUAAUGACUCACAAUGAGUAGGAAGCAAUAAGGGGACCACCAACAGGUAGAAGAAUGGGAGGAAAGCAACUUAACAAGCCAUAAGAUCACAAACAGUCCUAUGUGGAGGGAGUUUGAUUGGAAAGUUAAGGUUAGGUACUUCAGAACCCCUAAAGUAGUGUCUGAGUUCAUUGAAGGAUCAUCACCACUACAGCCCCUUUUACACUGCCAGAUUUUCGGCGAACGUUGGGCCGUUUUGCCGACAAGCUGCAAGUGUUUAGACACACAGAGCCGGAUUGGUGAGUUGAUCCGAGGUGCCCAAUUUUCCGCCUCGUAGGGUAGACAUAUUGGUGGAACCUUUUUAGUUUAAACAGACCGAGGUGGCCUUCUGCAACAGGAGGGGCUGUUGAAGACUUGUGGGAGGAGCUGUUGAUGACGCCGCACGUGCGAGCCACUGGCGGUGGAUAAACAGGAAACAGCUGAUAGCAGGAAUUAGCGAGCAGCUAGUAUCAAGAGGGAAACACAAACCUGACAGAUACUGUAAAGAUGAGCAACUGGAAGAGCAAACGAAGAGGCCAUUAACCGUCAGAUGACGGGGACGGUGAAGGACGGGCCGACUUACGAGAGAAUCACCGAAGGACGGAACAGCCGCGGCUUCCCUCCCACGUCACUGUUUACGUCACACGCUGAGCUACACGUUUUGUUACUUGCUCACGCCCUCCAUUGCCCCGAAAAAGGCACAUUCUGUAUAAACAAAAGUAGGUAGGCGGCAUUUUGCUGCACUCUCUGAUUUUGUUUUUAUACUGCCAAUGCUGAAAAAAGACUGAUUGGGCUUUCCUGCAAAUUUGCAUGUUGGAGAGGAUGUGGAAUGGUUGGUGAUCAUACGCAUAUUUUUAGGGACUGUCCGAAACUGCAGAGAUUUUGGGUGAAUAUUAAAAGUGAGAUUGCAGGUAUUCUAGAUGUUGUUUUACCUUUGAAUCCACUGUACUAUAUGUUAGGAUGUAUACCGACAGGUUUACUUUACGAGGACAAUUUGUAUAUCCUAAGAGUGUUAUUGUUAAUUGCAAGGAAAGUGAUAACUGUUUCUUGGAGGCGAAGUCAACCCCCUACAGUGGAACAAUGGACAAAGAGACUAAGACAGGUGUAAAUAAUGGAAGAACUAACUGCACAAUUGCAAAUGAAAAAAUACAUUUUUGUACAAAGACGGUCACCUGUAACACGGUAUCUGACUGAAUAGAACAUCGUAAAGAUGAUACUUAUCCCCUUACUGUAUUAUUAUUGUUAUUUUCAUUUAGUUAUGUAUAUGUAUUUUUAUUUAAAAUUUUAUAUAUAUAUUUUUUCUUUUUCUCUGGUGAUAUCCUGUUUAAGUUCUGUUUGCCCUUCUGAAGAACUGUAAUACUUAACCAGAAAUGCUGGAGGAGUUUUGUUGUCAAGAAAUAUUCAAGAUUGUAUGGGAUCAAUGUACAACCUUGAUACUAAAUAAAAUUAGUUUAAAAAAAAAAAAAAGUUAAGCAACUUUUUAUUCAAGAUUUUGGUGACUUUCCUUUCUUUAAAAAACUUUGCUUAAUUUUUUUUUUUUUUUUUUUUUUUGCUGUUUACCGUUUUUCUUUUGGCAAUUUUUUUUAUCUUAAUUUUUUUUCUUCUGCAGAUUCUUUUUUAAUUUAAAUUUUUGUGGCAAUUUUGAAAGGAAGUGUGACUUCAGAAAUUGCCAAAAUCACACCAUUUAUCACAUCCAGAAAGAAUAUAUGCCCUCUAAACCCAGGGAAUGUAUUCUUUAAAUAUUCGAUGUGUUUUUUCUUCUUCAAACAUUUCUGGUGAGUUCUUUUUUUCUUAGAAAUUUUCAACCAAUUUUUUUUCUUCAAAAAUUUUUUUUUGUUGAUGAAAAAAAUUAUGGUGAUUUUUUUUCCCCAUAAAAUGUGUUUUGCUU